AUGGCACCGGAUCAGGACACACGGUUGGAGAAAAUCGUUGAUGAGGUGUUAAAGAGUGGGGACGUUCAUGCCCUGGAUAUAUUCUUGCAAAGGGAUAUAAAUGAACGGACCCCUACGAAAUGUUCCCAACAGUUUCUCAACAAAUUGGAUAAACUUGUAUGCAGGAGCUUGGAUCGAAAAGAUUCCAAAUCAGCCAGUUUGGGUCUUGCUGUCAUCUACAAAUGUGGGGAAAACCUGAAACUACCUGGUGGUGAUCAAGGCCUUUCAGGAUUAAUAGGUCAAGGCCUGAUCAAAAAGAUGGUGGAGUGGUUUGUGAAAUGCAGGCAACUGUGGAUCCAAUGUGGCCCGCGGUGGGAUGAGACCUUGUUCAACCUUUCUGAGGACUUUUUUGAUGCCUUAAUGGUGGUUCAUGAAGCAUGCAAAGAGGGAACAUACAAAAUCACAGAGUCCUUCCUGUAUCCUGUUGGUCAGUUGGGAGUGGACCCUAGAGUCUACAUAUUGAUCCAGAAGGAGGCAGUUCGCAAAUUUAACUUAAUUCUGGACAAAAUCCCAGCGGAGCUUAAGAAAGUGAAGAAGAUCCUAACCUCACAGGAGGCCUCGGAUAUCAUGAUCAAGCUGGCUGGUCAGAUAUUGGAAGGUGGUGAUUAUGACUUGCAGACAGCCCUGAUGGAGGCAUUGUGCAGAAUGGCCACUCCUGACCAGAGGAAGGAGCUGGCAGAUCGAUGGUUCAGCAUGGAGCAUGUGGCCAGUGCUUUUGCCAAGAUCCGUGAUUCUGAGUUUGAGACGGAUUGUCGCAAGUUUCUGAACUUGGUGAAUGGGAUGCAGGGAGACAGGAGAAGAGUGUAUUCCUACCCUUGUUUGGAAGUUUAUCUGGACAAGUAUGAGCUGCUAAUGCCAGCUGAUGAGAAGCUGGAGGAAUUCUGGAUCGACUUCAACCUUGGCAGCCACAGCAUCUCCUUUUACUUCUCUUUGGCUGAUGAAGAGGCACAGGAGGGCCAGUGGGAAACGAUAUGUAUAAAUGAGAAUGAAGUCCAGAGCUACACUGUUACAGAGGAGGGUAAGAGGAAAAUCUUGCAGUUAAAACUGUCAGACGUGGUUAUCGUCGGUCCUGUUGAAGGAUCAAGCAUUACCAUCCACUUCAGCUCCUCGCUGGACAUCCUGCAGGUUGUUUGUCGCAUCUAUGGAGACAGCAAAAACACAGACUUUGUGGGAAAGAUGAGCACAUCUGUGGUGAAGACUACAGUUAAAAUCAUCAUGGAAGAGAACAACUCCCAGGUUGUUCCAGAGAGCCAGGUCUCCCUUGGUGAAAGUGAGAAAAAUACUGCCCUGAACCCUUUACCUGCCCUGCCUGCACCUAUACGAAUGGCGACCCCAGCCAAGAUGAGGAUUUCAGAGUCCUCCACCAUCAUCAGCAACAUUUCAGGUGGUAUGCCAUCAAGUAGGUGGACACUAGAAACUGCGAAGAAUUACACUCCUGUCUUGGGUAAAGGGAAGCCACCUCUGGAGAUGGUUCGUUCAUGUGAUAGGAAAGGCAGAUUUUACCUGGGAGAACCAAGGAUGACUGCUAAGACCUGCAGUCAUGACACAACACCCAGCAGCACUAAAGCAGGUGGCAUAACAGAGCAGAGCUCGGCUUCCAGAAAGGCCAAUAAGAACAAGAGUGACAAACUGAAAAAGAACAUACCGGUUGCAAAAGCAGUAGAGUUAGUUCUAGCUGGACCGGGAGAAGAACAGACUCUGGAGGAUAGCUUUGUGCCUGACACCCAACCCAGACUUGUGAGAAACAUAUCUAACUGGAAGAAAUUGUCAGUUUCUGAAAUGCUAAUGAUGCCCACACAGAAAAUAAAUACUCUGCCAAGACCUGAGCCUCGUUCUUUAGAGCCUUUGGUACAACAGAAGGAGCACCCAUCCUCAUCACUGAGAUUGUCAGUUCGAGGCUCAGGCUCCAUCAGCCGAAAGGAGCUCCAUACCGAACUCACCCAGCGCCUGCAGCAGGUCCUCAAUGAGAGGAACAAAGAUUGUGGAAAUCGAGAGCCAGCUGCACCCCAGAGAAAACUGUCUGACACCAGAGAGGACUCUAAAGGCAAUAGCUCUGCAGACCAGUGUGCUUCCACUUUGUGUACUCCCAAAGUGCGGCAGGCCCAGAGGAACAGCCUGGCCAAAGGUAAGAGCAAAGGCCAAAUGUCACUGCAGGCGGAUACUGCUCCAAACAAAGCUCCAGUCAAGGCCCCUGCAACCAAAGCUCUGCAGGAGAGAAUACAUCCCAACGUUAAGGCUGAAACUAACAGGGCCCUUUCCAUCAAAGAGAAGAGAGAUGCAGAGGUUGCAGGAAGCAUGGUGAAGCACAUCUCAAGCCAUUAUGAGCUUGACACCCAAUCCACAGGAAAAAAUACUGCCGAAAAAAUCCGUCAGAGCUGGAUUCCUCCUCUUGUUAACAGGCCGAUCUUCAGUACAAGCUGGUUUUCAACCGCUAAAAGAGGUGUAUCUGGAGCUGUAAGCGUAGUGAAAUCCCACAGUAAAACAGCAACAAACUCUUCAGAGAACAGAAAGGAUAUUUUUGCAUUCAGUAUUGAUGUACCAGUGAGUAUUGUGGAAAAGGACAAACCUUUCACUGAUACUUCUGCCAUAUCGAGCAGCAGCAUCCAUGACUCCUCAGCACUCCACAGCACAGCUGAGAAAGGACAGCUUGUGACAAAGGAGAAGCGGUAUGUGAAAAAGCAUUUGUUCAGUGAGACAGAUACAGACUAUGCCAUGACAGAGGUCAGCUGGCUGAGGGAGUCAAGCAGGAAACCCAAACCUAAAGUUACCAAAUAUUCAAGGCAGGCACCCAGCAAGCCUAAAGUUGUGCCAGCUCUUAUUUCAUAUGAAUCCCUAGAGUUACCACCACCCUCCCCAAAACCUGCAAAGGACAAUACCAAACCCAUAAGAAAGAAGCACAAUGUGAAGGAGAGUGUGGAGCAGCCAAAGAAGACAGUGAAGCCAGCUGCAGCAGCCAACAGACCACAUGCAGCAGGCGGGAGGCCCAAGAGGGCUGCAGCCACCUCUACCAAGAGCUACAGGGAGCCAGAUACUGAUGACAGCCAGUCAGAAUCAGAGAGGCCUCUUGUUCCCAAGUACUCCUUGCCUCAUCAUCUGGAGAGUACUGAGAGAACUCAUGAGGCUCCUCACAUGAAGAUGAAAAAGUCUGCCAGCAAACAACCAUCCAAAAGUCUUGUGAAGCUAGAGAACAACCAUCAUAGCAGGCAAUCAGAGCCAGAGCCAAUGUCAGAACAGCCAUCCGCUUCCAAGAAACAGAGGCCUGCGAAUGUUCCUCAAGAAACUUCGAAGUUAAAUAAGAAAAAUGUCGUCCCUGUCCAAGAACAGAUGAAUGCAUUGAAAGAUUCCUGGGCUGCCCGCCAGACCUCGUUCUGUCUGUCGCCUCCUUUCAUCGAGAGGAUGAGAUCUGCCGAGAGGUCAGCUCCAACCUUGGGAUUGACCUGCUCCCCUCUCCUCACCCCGCGGGGUUCCCCACUCCCUGCCUCCCCUGAGCCUGCCUUCCACGACACCCCCUCGCCAGUCCUGCUGCUACCCAAACCUCGUUCAACAGUCAGCAGUAAAGGAAACCUCAAGCUCUCCUCUUUCUACAGUGCAGAAAAGAAGCGCAGCACAACCAGGACGCAGUCCAUCCAGCCUGUGCCCUCUCUCCCUUCACUGCGAGGUCAAACCCUUGCACCCAAUCCUCCCUUUGGUUCUAGCGCAGCAGAGCUAAGUCCAAUUCAGCGCUGUCUAUCCCCAGCACCUCGGUCUCCUUUGUGUCUGUCCACUCGGCCCCUGUUGACGUCCACACUCUCUGAGCUGGAAAAGCCGUCUAUGCAGUCUCCUCCUCAGUCACCAUUCCCUGAAGACACUGUCAACCAUGGAUGCCUUUAUGGCUUUAGUAAAGUGUCUUCAGUAUCCCAGGUUUCACUGAGCCAAUCAUCCACUAAGUCAUCAGCGCUCAUUAGCAGAGUUAAGGACAGCUCCAGUGCUGUUCUCACUGUGUCUCAUAGAACAGAGAAAACACCUCCUUCAGACCAAGACAUAAAACCUCCACAGCUGCAUAUCUCAGGACCGAGUCGCAAGCGGCGAAUCCCCUCAUCCAGUAAUUCCGAGGAAGAUGAGAAGGAAGAAGGGAAGAAAAGCAAAAUAAGAGUGCAGCCUUCUCCUCGGAUGAAGCCAAGGAAGUUGUUCAAGUCCUUUGCUGAGGUGUCUGCUGAUGGUGAGGUGAGCCAGGUCAUGUCCUCUUCCCACACAGUGAGAUCUAGCCACUGGGAGGCUGAAGUGACGGGUGGAGAUGUGGCCGAGGAUGAGGAUUUGGAGCCUCCAGGAACUGGUGUAAAUCCGAGUAUCAUUUGUCAGCAGUUUAGCUCUGAGCUAAAGAAGAAGUUCCAGAACCGUUACAGGAUGAUAGAGGUUUAUAACAAGCAGUCUUUGAAGACCGUCCAGCAGCAUGUUUCCUCCCUCAGUGUGCAAGUUACCAAAUACAGCACUCAGAGGCUUGAGCAGUUUCAGAAGGUCCUUUUGGAAGAGAUCCACAAAUUGGAGCAGGAUGACACUGUGCUGAAAAACAUGGAGAGGGACCUGACUCUUUACUGGAAAAAACAGGCAGUGGCUUUCCAUUCUUACAAGGAGCAGGAAACCAAGAGAAAUGAGGCCCUGAAGAAAGCCCUCCAGAGUAACACGUGUGCCAGCUUGGAGUACGAGCAGAGAAUAUUCACAUCCCAGAUGUCCCUGAUCAGAAAAGAUAUGAAGUCAGUUCAGGAUAGGCUCCUCAGUGAGAUGCAAGAGGGGGAGAUCAAGAGUGUGAAGAGAGGUCUGCAUACUUUGUUUUUCCCUGAUGGAGCCAGGUUUUAA